AUGAAACCUGAUCCAAAUCGUGGGCGUCGAGAUUUUCUUCCUUUUUUCUAUCUAUCUAUCUAUCUAUCUAUCUAUCUAUCUAUCUAUCUAUCUAUCUAUCUAUCUAUCUCUUUAUAUAUAUAUAUAUAUAUAUAUAUAUAUAUAUAUAUAUAUAUAUACCUGCUCAUUAUCUAUCUAUCUAUCUAUCUAUCUAUCUAUCUAUCUAUCUAUCUAUCUAUCUAUCUCAAUCUAUUCAUUGUAUAUCUAUCUUUGUUGCCAAUAAUAUCCUCUUCUGUCUUUGGCCAUCUUUUGAUUUUUUUCUCUUUGCUUUCUCUCAUCAUUUUUACGACAUUUUUAAAAACUCUCCCCACCUUUCUUUAUUAUUUCUCAUUCUCUCUCUUCACUUGCUUCCUCCCUGUUGUUCAUUCAUAUUUUUUCCUUUGUUUUGAAUCGUAUAUUCCCCCCUCUUUCUGUUAUUCCUUCUAA